CUUCCGUCAUAUCUCUCAGUUCCAACUUGAACUCAGCUUCCUCCGGACCAGGAUAAGAAAAUAAACCUGCAGGAUGUGUGACGAAGAUGUUGCAGCUCUUGUCAUUGACAAUGGAUCUGGAAUGUGCAAAGCAGGGUUUGCUGGAGAUGAUGCUCCCAGAGCUGUUUUCCCUUCCAUCGUCGGUCGUCCCCGUCACCAGGGUGUCAUGGUCGGUAUGGGACAGAAGGACUCCUAUGUCGGAGAUGAAGCCCAGAGCAAGAGAGGUAUCCUUACCCUAAAGUACCCUGUCGAGCAUGGAAUCAUCACCAACUGGGAUGACAUGGAGAAGAUCUGGCAUCACACCUUCUUUAACGAGCUCCGUGUCGCCCCCGAGGAGCAGCCCGUCCUGCUUACUGAGGCUCCCCUCAACCCCAAGGCCAACAGGGAGAAGAUGACACAGAUCAUGUUCGAGACCUUCAACUCUCCUGCUAUGUACAUUGCCAUCCAGGCCGUCCUCUCCCUUUAUGCUUCCGGUCGUACUACUGGUAUCGNAUAUAUAUAUAUAGAUAAAACUAAAUAUUCAGACGGGGCCAAGUCUGGAAAAAAAUUAAAUGAAAUGAAAGAAAUUAAGAUAUACUUUGGAAAACCAAUUUAA